AACCGGAUACAGGAAGUGUUUUCAGCCUGACUCGCGUCUCGUCCUUGACUGCCCCACGUGAGGAAUUCCUUCCUUUACUACUGAAAAUUAAUCAAUUUAAUUACAUUUUCGCGCUUCUGAUAAACAUUAAUCGUCUAAUUUCCCCGCCGCCUUCCGUUUGAGAGCCUUAAACCCGCCCUAUACUCUGUUUCUAGCAUGUCUCGUAGCUGCCGGUCAGCGUUGGCGCUGUUCCACAGGUGUGUGGCGGCGAGUCACGUGACCCCGUCUGCAGCUGUGGCCGCCAGGUGUGGUUUCGUUCCGAGUUCCACGCUGACGUCCAAGACCCGGACGGACUUUCUCCCGGGACUACAAGUGGCAGUGCGGCGCAGCCUGUGCAGCAAGGCACCUUUUGGGGAAGAAAAAUAUCCCCCCCUGCCAGCCUACCAGGCGGGGGAGCAGCCCGAGAAGAAGGAUGUGUACAUCGUCCAGGUCCAAGGUCUGCCGUGGACGUGCACGGCCGAGGACGUCGUGGGCUUCUUCUCAGAGUGUCGGAUCCGGGAAGGCGUGUCGGGCGUCCACAUGACCGUGGACACCCAGGGCAGGCCGUCGGGACACGCCUUCGUGGAGCUGGAGAACGAGGAGGACGUGAAGAGAGCCUUGGAGAAGCACAGACAGUACCUCGGACCUCGCUACGUGGAAGUUUCCGAAAUAACAGACAGCGACGCGGAAGAAAUCCUGAAGAAAGCGACCGUGUCUCCCGACGAUAGUCGGGUGGUCCGAAUCCGAGGGAUCCCGUUCUCCUGCACCGAGAAGGACAUCGUCCUCUUCUUUUCUGGUCUGGACAUCGUAGAGAACGGCAUCACCAUGAUCAAAAACCGCCGAGGAAGGAACACGGGGGAAGCCUUCGUGAGGUUCGCCACGCAGCAAGCGGCGGACGAAGCCCUGCAGAGGGACAGACAGCUCAUCUGGGAAAGGUACAUCGAGGUGUUUGCCAGCACGGGCAGAGAGCUUCAGUCCAGAUGGACAAAUUUGUCGCCACCGAGCAGCGACAUCACCAAGAAGAGGGUCUCCCCUCUGCACCCUCUGCACACCGGACCCGUUGCUGCACCACGGCGUUCAAAGACCUCCAGACAUUACGUCCACUUGAGAGGACUGUCUUUCCGUGCGUCUGGAGAAGACAUCGUUAAGUUCUUCUCCCCGCUGUCGGUGUCCAUGAUCCGCCUCGAGCUCGGUCCAAACGGGCGGCCGAGCGGCGAGGCCGACGUUUACUUCGACUGCCACGAGGACGCGGUGGCGGCCAUGUCCCACGACAGAAUGAACAUAGGUGAACGAUACAUCGAAUUGUUUCUGAACUCCGAUUCCGACUAUGGAAGUUAAAAGAAAUUCCAGAACGUCGGCUUGUAAACCAGGGUGCCUGAAGCCACAAGCAUGAGACGCCGGUAUAUUUAUGUAUGACAGCAAACAUUACAAAUAAAACAACUGGAAUGUU